AUGUUUGCGGAACCUUGUAACAAAGAUUCCAUAAAAGCAUCGGAGAAUACUACUGCAACUGUUAUUUGUUACAAAAACGAUCCUCAACUUAUUCCAACAUGUUCUUCAACUGUAGAUCAAGAAACCACAUCAAUUUCAAGUGUGGUAACGAGCUCAAUACAAGGUGCCCCAUCAACAACGGCAACAACAGCAACUACAACAACAAUUCCUGGCUGCCAUACAUGUUCUGGAUCGAAUUAUAUAAAUACCUGCUAUGGAUGUUCAAAUUCAAGUGCUGGCUGUGAGAUCAGUUGUACUUGCUAUGGUGGUAGUGGAUUAACAAAUUCAUCAAUAACGCUUUCACCGGGUUUUGGUAAUGGUUGUUUCGUCGAAAAUGUGAACGGACAACUUCAAUGUACUAGCCGUUGCACUUAA